AAGAAAGAGAGCAGCUACAAGUUUGCAAGUGGAAAUUUUAAUAACGAAAUGCAGUGAAUUAAAAAGAAAUACAAGCAAAUGCAAUAAACUCAAGGCAACAAUUAAGUGUUAAAACAACAACAACCGAAAUUAUCGAAACAUUAUGAACACAAAAGCAAUGUUAAACAACUAAAUCAACAACAACAACGUGAAUCUAGUUUAACAUAUUGAAAAGUCAAAAACAAGUGAAAGACACACACAGAGUGAUAGAGUGAGUGAGAGCGAGAAAGAGCAAAAGCAAGAAAGAGUGCAAGAGAGAAAGAGAGAGAGAGCGAGAGAGAGGCGGGAAGUGGCCACAGAACGAGACAACGAGACAACCAAUGACAGCAGCCACUUUUAGACUUUCGCAGCAGACAUUGAUUUUUGCAUGACGAGAAGUUACCUCGAUAUACACAAGAUAUCAUCCACAUAUAUACAUACAUAUAAAAAAGAAAGACAUAGUGAUAAAAUCAAAUCUUGCUAACAAUAAUAAUACAAUUGAAUCUGAAAAAGGAAUCCCCUUACCCCCUCGCCAAAAACCAACACACACACACACACAAUCACCAAAAUGGAGUAUGAGAAAAUGCUUUACAUGGCAAACAGUGAGAUGCCGCACAGUCCACAUUUAAAACACACCGGCCCAGAGCAACAGUUUGUUAGCCAAAGCCAACCAGAUCCCUAUUCGGCCUAUGCUGAUAAUUUUGAUUUAUCACUGCUGCCACAGGAUUCGGGAAUACCAACAACUGUUUACCAGUAUAACGCUCCGCAAAUUAAGAUCGAAUGUGUUUGGGAUCAAGAACAGCAGCAGCAGCAGCAAUCACAAGGGCAACAACAAUUGACCACAAGAUAUAGCACCAGCUCCAGUCAUCAGUUGAUACCACCUCCACCUGCUUAUCCACACAGUGUCUAUCCCUCACCCCAGUCCAGUCCUCUGCAAUCGGAAUUCCUGAAAUUCAACACUAGCUACGACUGCACGAGCCUAAGUAGUCCAUGUCCUUCAUUGGAUGCCGCAAGCAUUAAACAGGAGCUUCACAUUUUGCCACCUUCGCCACCGGAAUCGAAUUGUGAGACACCAUCGCCACGUUCAGUCAAAGCUGAGCCACUCGAUGCGGAAAUUGAGGGCUUUGUUGACUUGAAUUCACUGCUCCAGCAACAACAACAGCAGCAGCAUCAGCUGCCAGAUACCACAGACAUCAAGCCCGAUCAUCAACUCUUGCGUGAGUGUCUCGAGGAUACAACAUUCCAGAAGAAACAUAAUCUCAAGCCAUUGGCUCUGGAAUCAUUUAUUGGCGGUUUGGCUGAGGUGCGUGGAGAUUUUGAGCCUGUCAUCUCAUUGGCACUGGAGCAUGCCAAGCGUGAGGCGGACGCCAUCUGCGCGGAGCUGCAAAUAUCACCAGAUCCAAAUGCUUGGACGUCCGCCCAGGUACAUGCAUGGCUACGAUCCACCUUGGCGCAAUUUAAAUUGCCGCCCGUCAACAACUUGGAGCUGCAAUUCUCUGAAGACGGCACCGCAUUGGCAUUACUCAGCGAAGAGGAAUUCAUGCGUCGCAUGCCCGAGAGUGGCAGCACAUUGCAUGCCCAAUUGGAGAUAUGGAAGAUGGCCUAUGCUGAUCAACCGACACAGCAGCAGCAGCCCCAGUUAGAGCCCAUUCAACAACAGUGGCCAACAGAUUAUCAGUUGCAGAAUCUGGAUGAAUACAAUGAGGAUAGUGAGGAUGAUGAGGAAAUGGAGGUCACAACCACACCAGAUGUUUCCACAAACACCACCACCACCACCAGCACCACAACCACCUCCAACAAUACGACUGCUUCAGGAGUUAAGCGUACAACUGGUGGACGGACUGGUGGCGGCUCUCACAUUCAUUUGUGGCAGUUUCUCAAGGAAUUGCUAAGUACACCGCAGGUGAAUGGAACAGCCAUUAGAUGGAUUGAUCGGAAUAAGGGGAUCUUCAAAAUCGAGGAUUCGGUGCGUGUGGCAAAGUUAUGGGGUCGUCGCAAGAAUCGACCUGCCAUGAACUAUGACAAAUUAUCCCGCUCCAUACGUCAGUACUAUAAGAAGGGUAUCAUGAAGAAAACAGAACGAUCACAGCGUUUGGUCUAUCAGUUCUGUCAUCCCUAUCAUCAAUAGAUGAUGAAGUUGGACGUUGGAUUUUGUCGUUUAGUUUAGUAGGUUUAUUUAUUUUUGCUAGUUGUAAGUUGUAAUACCUGCCCACCUGCAUCUGCACCCGUGACUAUGCUCGACUAUCCUUUAAGGUUUAGCGAGUUUUAGUUUCUGUAUAUAUACACACACACACACACACACACAACCAAACACUUCUAAUCCUCCUCCUCCUCCUCCCUCAAAUCCUCCUACGCCUCAUCCUCUAGGCACGAAGGUAAGUUCGUGCAUUAGCUUGGCUAAGUUCUUGGCUCUUCUAGACUCUAGGCUAAAACUUUUAACUCAUGGCGAAGGUAAGUUCGUCUGGGAAAAGUUUUAAGUUUACACAAUUAUUAUUUUCUGCAUAAUCAAUUCUAAUCUAAUCUUGUAUCGCGCAAUGGGGGCGUGGCCGAAAAUUGCAAACGCCCCCAGCAACAAUUGCAUAUGCUUGACUUACCUGCAAUAUCUUUAUUCAAUUGCUGAGGCAAAGCGAUAUGCAGCACUCUGUCUCGAGUUUAGGAACUUUUUGGGGUCCCCUAAUCCCCUUUUUUUCGACUCUCGGUUAAGUGACUGGCCAUUAGUAGUCUGUGGCGAAAUUGGUCAAAUCGGUCUCUAUCCAAGAAUUGAGAUGUCAAAAAGAUGGGAUAGCCAAAAAGAGCCAGAGACAGAGUGCUCAUUCAAUCGUUGACAGCAUGAAGGUGUUGCGGUAAUUUUAGGAACCAUAUAUCUAUGAUAUAUCAAAAGUAAGUUCUAUGAACAAACAACAUAACGAAUAAACAAUUUAAAACCAAUAGAUUUUAAGAACGACAAACAAUUUAAUCAAAAAAAAAAAACACAAAA